AUGGCUUCUCUCGGAGAUGACCUGUUGGUCACUGUCAACAAGUUGCAGGACUUAGUAUUCAACACUAUUGGCAACGAUUCCCUGGACCUGCCGCAGAUUGUAGUCGUCGGUUCACAAUCCUCUGGAAAGUCUUCGGUGCUUGAGAACAUUGUCGGAAGAGAUUUUUUGCCGCGGGGGAGUGGCAUCGUUACAAGACGACCGUUAAUUCUUCAGCUCAUUAACGUCCCCAGCGAACGGGAUGACACUUCUGACCAUACACCAUCCAGCGCUGGUGGAUUAAGGGAAUGGGCGGAAUUCCACCAUCAACCUGGAAGGAAAUACGAUGACUUCGCCCUUGUCAAACAAGAAAUUGAAAAUGAAACGGCCAGGAUAGCUGGGAAUAACAAAGGAAUCAAUCGCCAACCUAUCAACCUCAAGAUAUAUUCAUCACAUGUCCUCAAUUUAACUCUCGUGGAUCUUCCGGGUUUGACCAAAGUACCCAUCGGGGACCAACCGUCAGACAUCGAAAAGCAGACGCGCAAUUUGAUUUCUGAAUAUAUUGCGAAGCCUAAUAGCAUUAUUUUGGCCGUCUCUCCUGCGAAUGUCGACAUUGUGAACUCUGAGGCCUUGAAACUCGCCCGCCACGUCGAUCCAAUGGGCCGCAGAACUAUUGGAAUUUUAACCAAAUUAGACCUGAUGGAUCACGGCACAAAUGCUAUGGAUAUUCUUUCUGGAAGAGUGUAUCCCUUGAAGCUGGGUUUUAUCGGGGUGGUCAAUCGAUCCCAACAAGAUAUUCAGUCGGGCAAAUCGUUGUCAGAAGCUUUGGCUGCUGAAGCAGAUUUUUUCAGACACCAUCCGGCAUAUCGAAAUAUUGCUACUCGUUGCGGGACUCAGUUCCUAGCAAAAAGCUUAAACACAACAUUGAUGUCACAUAUUCGGGAUAGGUUGCCAGAUAUCAAAGCACGGUUAAAUACUUUGAUGGGUCAAACCCAACAGGAAUUGGCAAGCUACGGAAACAAACAAUUCAGCGGCAAGGAACAUCGCGGCUCCUUGAUCCUUCAGCUCAUGACCCGAUUUGCGUCGUCGUUUAUCUCUUCGAUUGAUGGAACCUCCUCUGAGAUUUCUACGAAGGAGCUGUGCGGUGGUGCUAGAAUCUAUUAUAUUUUUAAUUCCGUCUUUGGGAACUCUCUGGAGACUAUUGACCCAACGCACAACCUUUCGGCUCUUGAUAUCCGAACAGCUAUCCGCAACUCCACCGGUCCUCGCCCUAGCCUUUUCGUCCCGGAAAUGGCCUUUGAUUUAUUGGUUAAGCCUCAAAUAAAGCUCCUUGAAAUCCCCAGCCAACGUUGUGUCGAGCUCGUCUAUGAAGAGCUGAUCAAAAUAUGCCAUACCUGUGGAUCCACAGAGCUUUCCCGAUUUCCUCGCCUGCAGGCUAAACUCAUUGAAGUCGUCUCCGAUCUCCUGAGAGAACGACUAGGCCCCUGCUCGGCAUAUGUUGAAUCACUCAUCUCCAUCCAGCGUGCAUAUAUCAAUACUAAUCACCCUAACUUUCUUGGUGCCGCUGCUGCCAUGUCGUCUGUAAUUCAGAACAAGCAAGAACAAGAAAGAAAAGCCGCACUAGCCGAGGAGCGACGGAAACGAGAACGGCGACGAUUGAAAGAACUGGGGACCGUAAAUGGAACCGCGACUCCUGAGGGCGAAGAAGAGCAUGAUGCGGAGGAUAAGGUACAAGCUAUACCCAUCCGAGGGCAGAAAAGUCACAGAAGCAGAUCUCCCCAUGUUGGUCGCGCUAUAGAAAACGGCCAUUCUGCACUUGCUGCCACAGUUAAUGGACCUCAGUCUUCUUCACAAGGUUUUGGGUCUCAAUCAGCUGGAAGCGCAAGAGAUUCAUUCCUCAACUACUUCUUUGGCAAGGAGGGGACCGCACCCAGUCAAGGACAACUGCCACAAGUGACGUCCGGACAAGCCCGUCAUGUUAACCAUUCCACAGAGCCAAGUUUCAGUCAAAGUUUCCGACGCAACGAAGUCAAAUCCCCCGCUUUGUCGCAAUACCCACAGGAUAGCGAAUACCCGGCGCCGUCAGAAUAUGGUGAUACCGCAUUCCCCAAUGAUCACGUUGAACCCGCACUCACAGACCGCGAAGCUCUCGAAACGGAGCUAAUCCGCAACCUAAUUUCUUCCUACUUCAACAUCGUCCGCGAAACCAUCGCGGAUCAAGUGCCCAAGGCCAUCAUGCAUCUGCUCGUCAACCACAGCAAAGAAGUAGUCCAGAACCGGCUCGUUAGUGAACUGUACAAAGAAGACCUGUUCCCCGAACUCCUAUACGAGGACGACGGGAUCAAGGCAGAACGCGAGAAGUGUGAGAAGCUUCUGGGCACGUAUAAGGAGGCAGCAAAGAUUGUUGGGGAGGUAUUGUAG